AUGCAUCAACGUAUGGCAGAUCUAGCGAGCGUACGUAUCACGCAAGCACUUCCUUUCGUAAACACCGGAUGCGAUUACGCAGGACUCAUUCUUCUGAAGGACGCGAAGGAGCGUAAACCACGCAUCAGCAAGGGCUUCAUAUGCCUAUUCGAUUGUAUGGUCAUUUUGGCGAUCCAUCUUGAACUCGCCACGGACGUAUCCACGGAAACAUUUCUGGCGGCAUUGCGACGAUUUUUCCCGAUACGAGGCAAAUGCAACCGCAGGUACACCGACAAUGGUACAAAUUUCAUCGAAGCGAAGCGAUCCCUCGAUGAAAUGCAGCAACUCUUAAGUUCAUCUCAACACAAAGAUCAAAUCGUGAACACCCUUGCAGACGAAGGAAUUCAAUGGACAUUCAUCCCACCACAUGCUCCGCAUUGGGGAGGAAAAUGGGAAUCUGCAGUUCGAUACGUAAAGCUGCAUUUUCGACGAGUAAUUGGAAACACCACACUGACAUAUGAACAAAUGCGCACCUUGCUUGCGCAAAUUAGCGCUGUCGUGAACUCACGACCCCUAUGCUAUACCUCAGAUACAGAUGACAGCUAUCUAUCACCAGCCCAUUUUCUCAUCGAAAGACCAUUCACGACAAUACCGGAGGCAGAUCUUGGCCACAUUCCUGUGGGCCGACUGGGAUACUGGCAGAGUAUCCAAUCCAUGUAUCAAGGCUUCUGGAAACAAUGGCACCAGGAGUAUCUGAUAAGUCUACAGCAACGUCUUAAGUGGACCACGACAACCCCUAACAUUUCGAUCGGCAGCGUUGUGCUCGUCAAGGAGUCCAACACACCACCAGCAUCAUGGCAUUUAGCGAAGGAGAUCGACACUUUUCAAGGAAAGGACAAUAUGGUUCGAGCAGUCAGGAUCAAGACGGCAGCAGGAGAAAUCAACUACCAAACCUUCUUGCAAAUCUAUUUCUGCGACCUCAUCCUCAUUCACGCGUGGCAGGGAGUCUGGAACAAUGUGCAGCGACCCUUUCCUAUGUUCGAUGCUAAACUGGAAUCUUUGUAA